AUGGUAAAAAGUGGAAAGCGGUAUUAUUCGUCAAAGGCCAAUGGUGGCAAAUGGUUUCCUCAUCCAGAUGUGCCGCGAAACGAGGGCAGGGAUCGCGAGCUGUCCACAAGCACGGGGCUCAUGCUGACUCAAGUGAACCCGUCUUUGCCGCAGGCUUUGAGCUUUGAACGCUUUCCAAAAUGGAGACUAGAGCAGAAAUCCAGGGCAUAUCCAGUCUCAAACCACGACAACAGGCUUUCCUACAAAGACAAUAUCCUCGUUUUCGAUGACGGGGCUGGACGCAGAAAGUGCCCCAGUGAGGUCAGUCUGCACAGAUCUCAUUUCUGCCUGUGCCAAGGCCCCGCCAUGGUAGCCAACACCGUCUACCAAGCUGACUUUGCCACGCAACCGACUGAUGACGUACCGACUGGUGCCAGGCGCUUUGCACGUGACCACAAGAACAAGUGUGAGGAGGCGGCUCUGGCACAGGGAGGAGGGGAUUUCAUGUGGUUCGGACAACACAACCGUGCCGAGCGUGUCAGCAUGGAAGUGCUGGGCUUCGCCAACCUUAAAACAUCUAUCAGGCCAUAAGAUGCUCAUCAAAAGAAGAGGGAAAUAUAUCUUGCAGUGAAGAACUGAAUGCAAAAUACUUGCCUUCUAUUUUCUCCUGACAUGUUCCAAUAAAAGAGGUAUAUAAUUUAUUUGCGUCAAUUAUGCAGCAAAUGCCCUAAAUCCAAGUUGCAUUUACUUGCAUGUGAAUUUUAU